UGUUAAAGAGUUCCUUGUAAUUAUCAAGUUAUUGUAAUCAACAAGAGUUAUUUGGGAACAUCGCAACAAUUUUGCUCAAAAGAUCUGUCUUGCAGUGGGAUGUAGUUUAGACAGUGUUGUGGUCACAAGCAGCUGGAUUAUUUUUCCUGUUAAAAAAUAUUGGCUGCCACAUGGAAGUGAAAAGGCACCUUGUACAACCUGUUCACAUUGCAGAACAGGUCUGACGGUUGUACAAACCAUUUAGCUCAUCAAUAUGCACACAGAAAAUUACCGAAGAAAUGGAUGACUUUCUACAAAAAUUGAGGCAGAAGGUCAAAAUCGGAGUAGUAGGUGGCUCGGACUUUGAGAAAGUGCAGGAGCAACUGGGAAAUGAUGUGGUUGAAAAAUAUGAUUAUGUGUUUCCAGAAAAUGGCUUGGUAGCAUACAAAGAUGGGAAACUCUUGUGUAAACAGAAUAUUCAGGGUCACUUGGGUGAGGCCCUGAUCCAAGACUUAAUCAACUACUGUCUGAGCUACAUUGCGAAAAUUAAACUCCCGAAGAAGAGGGGUACUUUCAUUGAAUUCCGAAACGGGAUGUUAAAUGUGUCCCCUAUCGGAAGAAGCUGCAGUCAAGAAGAACGCAUUGAGUUCUACGAACUCGACAAAAAAGAAAAUAUAAGACAAAACUUUGUAGCAGAUCUGCGGAGAGAGUUUGCGGGGAAAGGCCUCACGUUUUCCAUAGGAGGCCAGAUCAGCUUUGAUGUCUUUCCUGAUGGAUGGGACAAGAGGUUUUGCCUGGGACAUGUGGAAAAUGACGGCUUCAAGACCAUUUACUUCUUUGGAGACAAAACUAUGCCAGGUGGAAAUGACCACGAGAUCUUCACGGACCCGAGGACCAGGGGCUACACUGUGAAGGCCCCCGAGGACACACGCAGGAUCUGUGACGAGCUCUUCUCCUAAUGCCCUCCCGUGGGGGGGGGGCCCGCUGACAAGCCGGAAGGGCUCGUUCGGUGCCAACCACAGGUCCCUCCUUCCCAUGCCAACAGGUCAUUACAACCAUCCAGGCCAGGACAGAAAUGUAAAAACACUUCCUGAAAUGAAGCCCCUGCAGUGGCAGCUUUGGGACCAAGGGCACUGUGGUCGGCAGGCAGUAUUAAGCUAAGUGACCGCAUGAACUCUGUUCCCACUACACUUCCAGUUUGAGAGCCACAGACCUCAGUGUGGCCUGUGGAUGGCUGGCUGGCCAGGUGACAACUGACCCGAAGGAUCUGCACCUCUGCUGGCUAGUACGCAGGUUAGCUCAGUACUGACUACACAGUGAGGAGCUGGUUCUCCAACCAUUGAGAAGGGAGGAAGCAGGUCCCACAGGCCCCAUGGAGAAUCAGCACACAGCCCUUGCCCAGGUGCUCACUCCAAGCCCAGGUCAGAGAGACAGCCUGGGUGUCACACCUCACCAGAGAGCCUCCUGGUGCACCUGGCUGGGCUUCCCAGGGGCCUGCUUUGCCUCGAGUUUCUCAGGGAUCGGAAAAGCCACGAUGAUGAGCAGACUGAAGCUGCCCUGUUCUCUGCGGGUCUUUUCAUAAGUAAGCCCGUGGACCCCGGCCCUCACCCGGACUCUGACCCAGGGCUGGGAGCAGCCAUGGUUGGGCCGAGGGCCCUCACUCCUCCCGUCCAGGUUCUGCAAGUUCCUCACGAAACUGGAAGGCAUCCCUAGGCCCUGGUCCAGAACAGGGCGGAGACAGCUUUCCAAGGCAACGGUUCACACGACACUUGUUAGCAUCUGGAAACGUUGAGACCCGCAAGCCCUCCGCAGCUUGGUGCAGGGGCCCGGACCGGCCUCAGUCCACAGCAUGGCCCCUGCCGAAGGCCCCGCUGACCUGAGUCCGUGUGCAUUACCCCACCCCCACCAGCUGCUUUCCUCCCAGAGGAACCUGGGUUCCCCCCAAACCUGCCCCGGGCUUGUCUCAGCUCUAAAUCAGCCAGCCCACCCCCUGGACCCCACGGUUGACGUAUCUUAGCGGUUCUCAGGAUGUGUCAUUGGGAGUAUCUUCCCUUGUUGAAGUCUUUUGCAAAUGAUAAUGUAAUGACCUUUCAAAACGAAAAGUAGCAAAUUAAUUGUUUCCUGUUUCUCAUUCUGAU